AUGAAUCCAGAACAUCAUAAGGUAUUACGAAAUGAAUUGUCUGCGGAUACACUGAUGGAGAAAGAUAAGCGACGAUUUCUUCAACGUAUGCGUAAUCAUUUUUCCAGAGAUGAACCUGAUACCUUGUGCUAUAUGGAAAUAAAUGCACGAAGGCCGAGUCUUAGGACCGACCUGCUACUACACCGUGUACUCAGCAGCUCUAACUCACAAACCAGUGCCAAUCGAAAGAUGCUGAAAGACCGAUGCAUUAUUUCAUGA